UCCCAGUUAAUUAUUUUGUAUCCAGUCCUCUCCUCACUUUGAAGAAAAUGUUCAGAUGGUAGUUUUAUAGAGGCUGUCAGGUGCGUCUCUCACACAGAAAACAUGAGUCGCUUUCUGAACGUCCUGCGGAGCUGGCUGGUGAUGGUGUCCGUCAUCGCGAUGGGAAACACCGUGCAGAGUUUCAGAGAUCACAGCUUUCUGUCAGAGAAGCUCUACACAGGCACGCCAGAGUUUGUGAACGGUCUCCAAGCUCGAACAUUUGGUAUUUGGACGUUGCUGUCGUCGAUCAUUCGCUGUUCCUGCGCCAUUGAUAUCCAGAACAGAACGCUGUAUCACAUCACCUUAUGGACGUUCGUGCUGGCGUUGGGUCACUUCCUGUCUGAAGCCUUCAUCUAUAAAACAGCUCCCCUCACUAUCGGGGUCAUGGCUCCUCUCAUUGUGGCAAGUUUCUCCAUCAUAGGGAUGCUGAUUGGAUUCCAGUGUAUCCCAGAGACACAAGAGGAAGUCGGAGCGCGACAGAAGAAGCGAAACUGAAUCCCGGCUGUUAGAUUUUCCUCCCACCUCCACAGUGACAUCAGACACUAUAGUGGGCCAGUGUGCUGCUUCUUGCCUUGAAGAACAUGAGACCUGGUUGUACAUUCAUUUCUAACACUUUCUACAGACAAUAUACAUCUUCAUCUGUAUUUGAUGUUUGUUUUUUUUAAUCUGAGAUUUUACACUAACAGUGCAAUCAAAAAUGCAAUGAGGUCAUGUUACACUAUAGUGAUUGAUAUUUGUCAGUUUAUAAUGAAUUAUUUUAAGUGAUCAAUAUGUGGAGGUUUACCUGAGUUAAGCCUCACAAGAUAUUUAAAAAACAUGGGAAAAAGGCAAUCAGCAGCUUGGCAUGA